CACCAUGACCCGCGCAAAAAGACAUCGCAAGAGUCUUGAAUGAGCGCAGAUGCCGAGAUGCAAGAUGGCAAGGAGAUGACGACGUUGGCGGAGCAAGGGCAAGGGCAAGCAAAAGAGCGAGAGCGAGGGCAAGGGCGAGCAUCCCCUACAUCCGCAUCCGCAUCCGCAUCCGCAUCCGCAUCCGCAUCCGCAUCCGCAUCCGCAUCCGCAACGAUGCCUACGCCGCAGUCGAGCUGCUGGAGCGAGCAAGAGGAGCGCAGACUGAAAUGGAAGAUUGACGCGCAGGUGUUGCCCUUGACCCUGCUGCUCUACACGCUCAGCUUUUUGGAUCGCACAAACAUUGGUCAAGCCAGGCUGAUCGGAUUGCAGGAACAGCUAUCCCUCAGCUUUCACGACUACCAAGUCGCCCUCACCGUCUUGUAUGCCCCGUACAUUGCCUUCGAAAUCCCUUCCAAUCUGCUCAUCAAAAAGAUAGGCCCAGCCAGAUUGAUUCCCUUUCUCGUCACGGCUUGGGGCAUCGUCUCUACACUGCAAGGCAUCGUCACCACCCGCACCGGCCUCUUCAUCAACCGAGCAUUCCUGGGCUUUGCAGAGACAGGGAUUCUUCCCGGCUUGGCCCUAUACCUCACCUUUUUCUACAAGGCUUCGGAAAUUCAGCUGCGACAAGCCAUCUACUUUAGCGGAGCAUCCUUGGCAGGCGCGUUCAAUGGCGUGCUCAGCACAGCCAUCAAUCUCCUCAGCGGCAGAGCUGGACUCUUGGGAUGGUCUUGGCUAUUCAUCCUCGAAGGCAUCUUUACCGUCCUCGUCGGCAUAGCCUGCUUCUGGAUCCUCCCCAACGAUGCUUCCAAGCUGUGGUGGUGCAGCGAGCGCGAGAAGCAGAUUGCAGAGGAGCGAGUAGAGCAAAGCAGGUUCACCAUGCGAGUCACCAAGGACGUGCAGAAGAGCAACGAGACGCUGAAUGCGCCACCACGCGCGCGCACGGCGGGUGAGCCAUUCUCGUGGAGCGAAGUCGGAAGAGCUUUCACGGAUCCGUUGGUGCUGCUUGUCUGGGUAGCAGGGCUGUGCGACGCAUCGGGAGUGUACGGUCUCGCCUUUUUCGCUCCGACCAUCAUCAAAGGUCUGCCAUUGGGUCUGACCACCGUUCAAGCCCAGCUGCUCUCCUCGCCACCCUUUGCCGCGGCGUUUGUUACCAGCAUCAUCCUAGCCCUCGUCUCUGACCGCCUGCGAUGGAGGUACCUCACCGGCUUAAUAGGUUUCUUGCUCGCCAUCGUAGGCUUGGCCAUGGCUUACGCCAGCACAAAUGCCAAAGUGCAGUACGGCGGUCUCAUAGUCAUGUCGAUGGGUCUCUAUACCCUGCCCAGCUCCCUCAUCACUUGGGUCCUCAGCUCUACGGGAGGCUACUACAAGAGAGCAACGGCUAUAGCUCUACUCAUCGUCGGCACAAACAGCGGUGGAAUCGUCGGCACCUGGCUUUUCGAUCCCACCGAAGCCCCACGCUUUCGACGAGGCUUCAUCACGCUGCUGGUCCUGCAGUGCGUCGGCCUGCUCUCCAUCUCCAUCUUGGAGGCCUAUCUCCUCUGGGAGAGAAGGACUCGCAAGCAACGACAUGCGGACUGGAUCUCUGACUUGAAAGCCCAGGGCUGCUCCGAAGCGAGCAUCAGGCAGGUUUUGGGUGAUCGACAUCCCGAUUUUGUCAGAGAGCUGUAGGCGCGCGCGACGUCGCACACACACAGCAUGUCGCGCACACAAGCCAGCAUGUCGCGCACACAAGCCAGCAUGUCGCGCACACAAGCCAGCAUGUCGCGCACACAAGCCAGCAUGUCGCGCACACAAGCCAGCAUGUAUUCACAACGUCUCGUCAAUCGACCCACGGCACGUCUGGUGCGAGACCAAAGGUGCUCCAAAAGUC